AUGAAGCGUUCGAUUGCAGAUUAUUUUACACAGUUGCAGAAAAAAAGAAAAUUAAGUGAUGAAGGUUCUAGUCCGAUUGAAGGCUGUUGCCAGGUUCCACAGGUUGUUGAAACAACGUCGGCAUCGGAAUCAGAUGAUUCUGAAAAUGAAUUUGACACAACUGAAAUACAAAGUAAAAAUUUUGAAGAGGAAACUUUGUGCUCCAAUGAAGAAAAUGUUGAUUGCUCGAUGCCAUUACGCAGUCCGUCUGAUAUCUCCCAAUGUGUUGACGAAGGGCCAACUCAAAUAAUAAUGAAUGCGUAUCCAAGUAGAAAUUUUGGCAAUAGAUUAAGAAGUUUUAAUAAAGAAUGGUACAAAGUAUUCCCUUGGCUGGAAUACUCCGUUUCGAAGGAUUGUGUCUUUUGUCAUUACUGCAGACAUUUUUCUCCUAAAAGUGGUAAAGAAAAGACAUUUAUUCUGAGUGGUUUCUGGAACUGGAAGCGGGCCAUGGAAACAAACCACGGAUUCAAAGGUCAUCAAAGAUCCGAAGAACAUACAAAUUCAUUUCUCAGAUGGAGUGAUUAUCAAAAGAUGAAAAGCAGUGAUCAAAGUGUAUUAAAAAUGUUAAGUGAUAGCCAACGAACGGUGGUGCGUGAAAAUAGACAUUUUAUCAAAACUUUAUGUGAAAUUCUUCGUCUCACAUGCAAACUUGAAAUAGCUCAGAGAGGACAUAAUGAAAAAGAAGAAAGCGUUAAUAAGGUAGACGAAACAAAAGAUAUAGCAAAAAAAGAACAAGUAUCAAUUGUUAUCAGGUAUUUGCAUCAGAACGCUAUACAUGAAAAAUUUUUCGGUUUUAUAUCAACAGAAAAGUUAAAUGCAGAAUCUCUGAAUGGUCUAAUUCAAGAAAAAAUAAAAACUUGUGGCUUAGACUUACAAAAUUGUAUAGCUCAAGCUUAUGACGGUGCUAGUGUUAUGAGCGGACAUUUGAAUGGAGUGCAAGCUAGAUUUAAACGUGAUGUGCCUCAUGCUGUAUACAUACAUUGUUUUAAUCACGUGUUAAAUUUAGCAAUAGUUGAUACCUAUUUACAGGAAAUGAGAAAUGAUGAUAAUAUUUGGAGUAGUAUCUGGUCUAAAGUGGAUGAAUUAGCUAACAAUACCGGUCUCAAAGAAAGUGAAGAUUUUGUGAAACCGAAAAGAAUUAGAAAACUGCCGGAAAAAUUCAAUGUGUUUUUAACUGAAUGCAAUUCAUUAUCUUCAAUAAACAAUUCCAAAGACUCAUGUAAAACCCAGUUGUUUUACCCAAUAUUGGACAAAAUUUUAAUGGAAAUUAAUUGUAGAUUUCAGCAGAACAAUGAGUUAUUAGAAGCUUUAUCUAGUCUUGAUCCCAAAAAUGACGAAUUUUUAAAUGCACAAAAAAUUUAUAAAAUUGUUUUGCAUUAUAAUAUUGUGUAUAAUUCUACGUUGGAAGAUGUUGAAGCGGAAUGUAAAAUUAAAAAAAAAAUUUGUGCCAGGCCUGAAAAUAAAUGCGUGGAUACGACUUUAAAAUUAGUAAAGUUAUUAGAAAAAUUUCAACCAGCUUUUGAAAUACUUUUUGGAUGUUGUAAAAUAGCUGUUAUAAUGCCUGUUUCUACGGCAUCGUGUGAACGAUCUUUUUCAUGCUUGAAACGAAUCAAGACCUACUUAAGAUCGAAAAUGCUUGACGAUCGUUUGGCAAAUAUAGCCAUUUUAAGCAUAGAAACGGAACGUUCAACCGAGAUUGCUUUAGAUAAAACCCUUGAAUUAUUUUCUAGUGCCCAUCAAAACAGACGCAUUGUUUUAAAUUAA